AUAUAACAAUGAUCCCUUGUCAGAUAUCUGAAAUUAAACAAUCAAGAUUAAAAUACUGCUGACAUGUAAUGAUAACCCAACUAAAGACGCUCUCCUACAGAGAUUUUGCCAUAUUCACACAUUUGAGAUAUCAAUGGUCGUUAGAUCAAGAUCAGUCAGUUCAAAUUCAAGUUCGAUAUUUAAAAUUAUAAAAUAAGAUUUAAGAUCUCAGUUUGGACAGUCACUGAUGUCCUGAAUGCAGCAGUUUUUCAUGACUGCUUAAUCCAAUUUCACAAAAGGUAGUUUUAUUGAAUUUAGUUUUGGAUUUAACUAUUCCUUUUAUGUUAGGAUUCCUCUUUCAAAGGAAAUGGGUAGUAACUAUUAAGUGAUAUUAAUGCUGAUCAUGACUGUAAUCAUUCUUGUUUUGCCAAAACACUAACUAAUUAAGCUGACCACUUUACAAAUAAAUUCUGGUUACUUUGAAUGGUGGGCCAAUUCUCUUUUUUAUGCUAAACAAAGCCUGAAAAGCCUAUCCACAAUAAAAUAAAAUAUGUAGAAAUAAGGACCUUGUUUUUUUGGAUUGAAAUUGAUGUUCAAUUUGACCUUGAAGCUUUGCUUUUCACUGUAUACAACUUUAUUUUUGUAUGUAUAUUGUACACUUUUUAAUACAUGUUUUGAUCAUGUCCUUUAUAGCUUUCUAAACAUGCUUGUUUAGAAAUGUCUUUUGAGGUCUUUGAUAUUAGUAAAGCAAAAAACUUUUGUUAGAUGAAAGAACAAAAAGAAACUCCAACCUCUAUUAAAGGCCUUGAUAUGGAUUCUGUGAAGCAUUCAGCAGUGACACCACACAAGAGUAAACUGGUUCGCACUUUAUCGAAGAUUCUUCGUGUAAAAUCAAUGACUGGAGUUGCAGAAGUUGAUGGACUGAAGAAUUUUAAAGUUGAUAUUAAUCUCAACCAUGAAGAAGAAGAUGAAGAGCUUAAGAAAAAAGUGGUCACAGAAGCUUUGCUUUCAAAAGUUUUUGCUAGCAUUUCAACUAUAAAAGCUUCAUAUGCUCAGCUACAACAUGCUGAAUCCCCUUAUGACCGUGAUGGAAUUCAGGAUGCUGAUAAAUUAAUAAUCUCGGAAUUGAAGACCUUAGCUGAGUUAAAGCAAUGUUGGUUCAAAAAACAAUUCAAUUUUGAUCCUUCACCGGAGGUAGCAAUUGUUGCAGCCGAAUUAAAGGAGCUGAAGAGUAAUAUAAUAACCCAUAAAAUCGUGGGGAAGAAGUUAGAAUCGAAGUCGCUUCUUAAGGAUUCUGAGAUAAUGUUUCUUAAAGAGAAGUUAGAGGAGGCAAAUAAACAGAACAAGUUAAUUGAAAGGAGGUUAAAUCAAAGUGGUUCAUUAUCAUCUCUUGAUAAUCUACACAUCUCAGGACUAAGUCCUACACAUUUUAUAUCUGCACUUCACCACACGGUUAAAUCAAUUCGAAGCUUUGUGAAGUUGUUGGUUUAUGAAAUGAGAUCUGCUGGUUGGGAUAUUGAUGCAUCUGUGAAUGCUAUUAUUAAAGAAAAUGUUGUUUAUAGGAAAGAAGAUCACAAGUGUUUUGCAAUCGAGUCUUUUGUUUGUAGGGAAAUGUUUGACUCUUUCAACCUCCCUUAUUUCGAUAAUCGCAAUGAUUUUCUUCCUGAUAAAAACAAAACACAAUUUUUCUUUGGGAGGUUCAAUGAGUUAAAAUCAGUGAAUGCAAAGGAGUUUCUUGCUUUGAAACCAAAAUCACCUUUUGCCAUCUUUUGUUGGGUGAAAUACUUGAGACUAGUUCACUCCAAAAUGGAGGCAUCAUUCUUUGGUGACAUGAAACAAAGGAAUGUUGGAGAUUUUCCCGAUGACAACAACUUGUUCACGUCAUUUGCUGAAAUGGCCAAGAGGGUAUGGCUUCUGCAUUGCUUAGCAUUUUCUUUUGAGCCUCAAGCUGAAAUCUUUCAAAUAGGGAAAGGUUGUAGAUUCUCUGAUGUAUACAUGGAGAGUGUUGUAAAUGAUGAUGAAGUAGCACAAGCAGAUGAACUUGAGCAACAAGUUGCUUUCACUGUAGUUCCAGGUUUUAAGAUUGGUAAAACUGUUUUACAGUGUCAAGUUUACCUCUCACAGUUAUUACAUCCACAAGCUCAAGUGAAAAGAAAAAUGUAACUUCCAUGAAACAAAGGUAGCAGCAGCAGCAGCAACUGUGACCCCACAAUUAUAUUCCAUAGGACAUGGUCUGUGCUGUGGGGACUGAGUCAGCUUUGAUAUGGUUGUCCAUUUGUAUUUUGGCCAUUUGCAAUAGGAACCGUCCUUUUCUUCAGAAUGUUUUUUAUUUAUUAUUAUGCAGUUUAAUCAAAGGACAUGACCCAAAGUUUUGUUGAUAUUAGGCCAAUAACAGGGAUUGUUUAGCUGUUAUGGUAUCGUUUACAUGAUCUUGCAUAUGUUAAAAGUAGUAGGUGGUAAUUGUUAGCUCUUGUUUCAUUUUUUA